AUGGACUACACCACAAUGAUGCAGAGCGUGCCCCAUAUGGCGGCUGCCUACCACACAAUGGCGCUCUCCGAUGGCCAGCCAAGGCCAAACCAGAUGUACUCGUUCGCCUACAGCAGCGAUCCUCUCUAUCUUGUCCCCCAUCUUCCUCACCACCACGAUUCUGUCGACCACUCUCAGGCGUGCAUGCAGCCCUCAAAGCAGACAGAGCCAAAGCCGCGGCUGGCGAAGGACGAAGUCGAUUUGCUCGAGAACGAAUUCAAGAAGAACCCGAAGCCUUCUUCCCAGCGGAAGCGCGAGAUUGCCGAUCUUCUCAAAGUAGAGAACCCCAGAAUCAACAACUGGUUCCAGAACCGACGUGCAAAGGCCAAGCAGAUGCUGCGGAGGGAGAUCGACACCAAGGCCACUGGCGAUGAGUCUUCGUCCGAGACACCGUCAGACCAACAGGAAGAUUGCACCGUGAGCGAAUACUACAGCUCCAGUAACCACAGCCAGCCUUUGCAGGCUUCGAGCGCAGCCUUCCCGACCGUCGAGCAACAGCGGCAGCUUGCCUUUUUCACGCCCGCAACCGAUGCUUCGAUCACGAACAGCGCUUCGCCCUCCGUCGAGGAAUACCCCUCGCCCAGGUCACUCGUCUUCCCGCCUGUCCACGACCUCUCAUCAUAUGCCCCGACCAUGAACGGCUAUCUCACCUCCGACGGCUCCCCGUGCCACGAGACCAUGGAGCACGAACAUGCACUGCAUGGCUUCGAUCCGUCGACGAUGGCAGCGUUCGUCCCCUUCACAAAUAUGGGCAUGGACUCUGUCAUAGCACCACAACCCGUGUCUUACCACUCUGAACUCAUGGGCAUGGAUGGCAUCCAUCACUUGAGCAAGGAGUCGGUUGCCAACCUGAGCCACGAAGCACAGGCCCUGCAGCAUGGCGUGCCGCCUCCGAUCCAGCAACUGUCAUCGCCAAUCUCCUCGCACUCGCCGUCUUCUGCCGCCUCCGAUCUUCGAUUUAAAUCUCCUCCACCACCCGCAAACAUUGCCAACCGCCGCAACAAAGGCGCGCCAGCCAUGUUGAACCCAACUGCCCUUCGCAAUGGUCCAUACGGCCCGAAGACCGGGAUCGAAAUGGGCAAGCGAAUUGACGCCCCGACUCCAAUUCGCCGCAUAUCAUCUGCCAAUGGUCUUAUUAAUCGAAUCCAAAAACCGGCCAUGGCACCUGUCCCUCGUUCCCCGCUCUACUUUGAGCGGAAUAAGGACGUGUUGAUGCAGUCGCUGCAGACAGCAGCAGCCGGACCGGCCUCCCUUGUUCGCUCGACAAGCAGCAACAUUUCUCCCGUGACUCCACGCGAGUGUAUCGCGUCAUAUAACCAUGGUAUGCUUGAGGCGAGCAGCUCGGUGUCGGAGGACGAGGCAUUCUCCGUCAGCGGCUCCAUGCAGCACCCCUUCUUCAGCAUGGGACAGACACUGAAAACACCACCCGGCACGCCUGGGUUCAACGGAGGCCACGUUGACCGGCAAGCAAGUAUGGACCCGUGGGGCUUCGUUCCUCAGGACGAGGCGCUUUUGACACCAAGUCUUGGCAGCUAUGGCUCGGAAGAGUUUGCCGUGCUGUCGUCGGCCCCAGCAUAUGCCUUGAACAGCCAGCCACCAACGCCAUCGUUCGGUCAGCAAGCUGGACACAACUACUUCCAAAUGCAGUUGCAAGGAGGUGAAGGCCAAGCCGAUUUCACAUUUCCGGGUGAGCCAAGUAUGCCACCAGGAUUUUUGGCAAAGUCGUCUCCAGGUCGACCUAAAAACAAACAAUUCCAGUUUACCCAAAACGUCACGCCCGACGACUUCUUCUCGAUCGAAAAAUGA